AUGCUGCAGCUUAUCAUGGAGUCAGCCAAGAUCGACCCACCCCAAAGCCCCCCACCCAGGCCUUGUGCCACCAUCUACUUCAGAGAUAUCAAGAAGAGAACUCAUGUGGCAGAAGGGAACAACCCCAUCUGGAACGAGACGCUGGUCUGGCACCUCUGGGCCGGUGCCCUGGAACAUGACUCCUACUUGCAAAUUGUCCUUCGGGACCUGGCCUCAACGAAGAAGGAAAGGUUCAUUGGUCUGGCCACAGUCCUGCUCAAGCCCCUGGUGGAACAACCCAAUGAGGUCCUGUUCCUGAAGGGCCUACCCCUGAUCAACCAUUCCAUGAAGCCCACAGAUUGCACUGUGACCCUACAGGUAGCCCUUGUGACCACCCGGGAUGUUAAGACAGGGGACGAAGACCUCCUUGGCGUGAUGGCAAGAGAAGUGCCGAAGCAGGAACUGACAGUUCCCGGCGGCACCGUGCCCAGGGCGUUGUCCUCAAAGCCUCAGGACUUUCAGGUUCGAGUGAAGGUGUUUGAAGCCCGACAGCUCAUGGGUAACAAUAUCAGGCCGGUGGUGAAAGUGACCAUCGGAAGCCAGGAGUACCACACGAGGAUCAAGCUAGGAAACAACCCUUUCUUCAAUGAAACCUUCUUCAAGAAUUUUCGUGAGGUUCCUGCAAAGUUCUUCGAUGAGACCGUCUUAAUCCAGGUGAUGAACUCGUCCAUGCUGAGGUUCAAAUCGGAGAUUGGGAGAUUCCAAACAGAUAUUGGGUUUAUCUACCAUUCUCCAGGUCACACACUCCUGAGGGAGUGGUUAGGCCUCUGCCAGCCAGACAACCCCAGCAGUGGCUUGAGAGGCUACCUGAAAGUCACCAUCUGUGCCCUUGGUGUGGGAGACCAGGCCAUGGUGGAUCUAAUGCUACCCUACAGGGCUGAUGACACCGGCCCUAAGCUCUUCCAGUCGGCAGCAGUCCCGAUCCACACAGCCCAACUGCAGUUCUUCAUCUACUGUGCGGAGGACCUUCAUCUCAGGAAAUACCAGGCAGCGAACCCUAUGUUGGAGGUAGAACUAAGCGGGAAAAAGCUCAAGACCAAUGUGCAGACCCAAACCGAGAACCCGGUCUGGAACCAGAUCCUGACCUUCCCGAUUCAGCUGCCCUGCCUCUCCAGCUACAUCAAGUUGCGAGUCUUGGACUGCCUCCAGAAGGAUUGCCGGGAUGAGAUCGGAACUGUCAGCCUGUCUCUCAACCAGAUCUCGUCCACCGGUGCAGAGAUGGAAGGAGUGUACUCUGGCUUCCUACCCUGCUUUGGCCCCAGCUUCCUGACUCUCCACGGGGGUAAAAAGGCCCCUUUCAGGAUCCAGGAAGAAGGCACUUGUCCUGACUCUGUUAAGGAUGGUUUAGCUUAUCGAGGCCGAGUCUUCCUGGAGCUAAUCACCCACAUAAAAUCCCAUCAAGAUUUUAAGAUAAAGGAUCUCUCCCAUGAAGUGACCAGGAUGGAGAAACAACAGAACCGCCAAAAGUACGGGCUGUGUGUCAUCUUCCUCUCCUGCACUAUGAUGCCCAACUUUAAGGACCUGAUCCAAUUCGAAGUCAGCAUCGGCCACUAUGGAAACAAGAUGGACCUGAAUUACAAGCCUCUAGUCUCAACCACGCAGUACAGCCCAGUGAUAUAUGAUGGGAACAUCUACCACUAUGUGCCCUGGUACAACACCAAGCCUGUCGUGGCCGUUACUUCACACUGGGAGGACGUCAGCUUCCGCAUGAACUGCCUCAACCUCCUCCACGUCACUCGGGACCGCCUGAAAGCCAACCUGGAUACCCUGAAGUCCAUGCGGAAUCCCAAGGACCCAGCCCUGCUCCUCCAGUGGGAGAAGCUGCUGAAGGAGCUGCUGGAGGACAGCCAGCACCCCCUGCCCUGCCUGACUGAUCAGCCCAAAGCCACUGAGCUGGACAAGAAGAGGUGGGAGCUCCGCAGCCGCCUGCUGCAGGAACUGGCCAGACAGGCCAAGGAAGCCAAGUUCAAGCCCAAGGACAUGGUGGCCACCGUGGAGGGCUGGCUGUACCGUCUCAACUCCGUGCUUCCCGAGCCCCAGAUGAGCCUCCCGGACGUGAUGAUCUGGUUGGUAUCCAAGGGCCAGCGAGUGGCCUUCGCACAGGUGCCCGCCCACGCCGUCCUCUUCUCCCAGGCCGGGCCCCUGCAGUCGGGCAAGUUCUGUGGGAAGACACAGACUCUUCUCCUACAGUACCCGGAGGGUGAAGGACAGAAGGACACGCUUCCAGCCCACCUCCGGGUCUGCAUGUGGCUUGGCAAUGUGGAAGACAGCAAGGAUCUCAAGCUGCUCCGUCAUGGCAACGUGGUCGUGUAUGCAGAGACGUAUGAAAACCAGGCCAAGUACAAAGACCAGUGGGGGCAACAGGGGCUGCGCCACUGCCCCAACUUCUCGGACGUCAUAGGGCACACGUCUCUCCCCAAGGAGGAUUUCCAGGUGCCCCCCGGGUGGCACUGGCAGGGGAAGUGGAUGGUGGAGCCUCAGAGGAGACUCCUCCUGGACGCAGACAUCAACAAGAGCCAGGUGCUGGAGGAGGUGUACGAGAACCAGAGGCGUGACAUCACAGGGGCCUGGGUGCCGGCAGCCAUCCCGAACACAGACGUGGAAGGAAACUUCAUGGAGGCCCGGGAGAACAUGAAGUGCCCCCGAGGCUGGUAUAUUCAGAAGAACUGGACUGUAGAGCUGAACCACGCUGUGGACAAUGAGGGCUGGGAGUACGGAGCUGGGGUCCCCCCCGCGGGCCUGCCGCCGGCCUGGAACUCGGUGGAGAAGACCUACCACUCGGUGCGGCGGCGCCGCUGGGUGCGCAUGCGCUUCCGCAGCCCCCAGAAGCUGAGCCACGAGCAGGAGACGCUGUCCUUCCUGCAGCUGGUGAGGGGCCCGGGCCGGGCGCGACCUGCAGCGGGGGGUCCCCCGGGCCAGGCGGGAGGAGGCCCCCAGCUCUCGGCUGUCCUCCCACAGCACAGCCCCAGCGUGGCCAAGGAGGACGAGGGCUGGGAGUACGGCACCUUCGGCUCCAAGUUUCGCCUGAAUCCUCAGCCCACCAGCCAGUUCCGCCGCCGCUGCUGGCACCGAAGGCUGGCCCCCAACAAGGACAGGGGCGUCGCACCCAUAUUUCUUCUUGAGGGAUCCCUGGCGCUGGGGAUGGAUCUGACUCAGCAAGCUAAGGAAAAGGAGAAGGAAGAGGACAGAACGUCCUUAUGGGGCAUCAACAAAAUGCUUUCCAACAUCUGGAGGCCUACCCCAGAGAACACUCAGCCAUCCAACAUGCCCUUCAUCUACUGCACCUUCAACAAGCCCCACUACUACCAGCUCUUCUGCUACAUCUACCAGGCCCGGAACCUGAAGCCCAACCAGAUCCAGAGAUUCCAGGGGCCUUUCAUUCGAGCGGUCUUCUUGAACCACAGCCAGCGCACCCGGAUGCUGAGUAGCUCCACAGCCCCAACGUGGGCCCAGACGCUGGUCUUCCUGCACCUCCUCCUGUAUGAGAAUCCCCAGGACACCAAAGACAGCCCACCACUCGUGGUGCUGGAACUGUGGCAGCAGGAUUCCCGGGGCAAAGAGAGCUUAUGGGGACGAAGCAUGUGGUCCCCAGUGGUCUGGCUGGAUCUCCAAGACCGGACCCUGCCCCCCAUGAGGUGGCACCCCCUUGUAAAACAGAUGGGGGAGGAAGAGGGCGAGAUCUUGGCAUCCUGUGAGCUGAUCCUCGAGACCCAGAGUGUCAGAGAGAAGAAGCCACCAAUCCUAAGUGUUCCCUGGAAGGACAAGGUCUACAUGCUCCCCAAGGACAUCCAGCCCACGCUAAAGAAGAUGGCUAUUGAGGUCCUGGUCUGGGGCCUACGGAACAUGAAGAAUGUACGCUCCCCCUAUCUUCUGGUGGAAUGUGGGGAGCAGUCCCUGAGGACAGAACCCAUCAAGGACUUCCAGACCAACCCCAACUUCCCCCAGUCUGCCCUCUUCUUCACCCUGUUUAUGCCCAUAGAGGAGGCCUACUCGCUGCCCCUCAUGGUGAAGGUGGUGGACACCCAGGACUUUGGCCAGCAGACGGUGGUGGGUCAGGCCAACAUCGACUUCCUACAGCCCUAUUUCUGUGACCCCUGGGCUGACAACUACGUGCCCCCAAGGCUUCCAACGCUAUCCAUGAAGAAGCACCAGGAGCUCCUAGGUUACCUCUAUGAAAAGUUAUGGCUCAAUUACCACAAAGCCGAGGACGAAUAUGAGCAUGACGUGGACUGGUGGAGCAAGCUGUCCUGGGCCACGAGAGAUGCUCCCAAGUCCUUAAAGUACAAGGACAAAGACUACCAUACCCUGAAGGUGUAUGACUGUGAGCUGGAGGCUGUGCCAGACUUCAGAGGUCUGCAGGACUUCUGCCAGACUUUCAGACUCUACAAGGAGAAGCCCGUGCUGGACAGCCCCGUGGUGGGAGAGUUCAAGGGCCUUUUCCGCAUCUACCCAUUCCCUGAGGAUCCUAAAGCCACCAAGCCCCCCCGGCAGUUCCUGGUUUGGCCUGAGAGAGAAGGCUUCCCUCAGCAGUGCUUGGUACGGGUGUACGUGGUACGGGCAUUUAGCCUGCAGCCCCAGGACUACAAUGGUCUGUGUGACCCUUAUGUGAUCCUGAAACUGGGGCAGAAACAGAUUGGCAACCGAGACACGUACCAGCCAAACACCCUGGACCCCAUCUUUGGCACGAUGUUUGAACUGAGCUGCAACAUCCCUCUGGAGAAGGACCUAGAGAUCCACCUCUAUGACUUUGACCUGUUUUCACCUGAUGAUAAGAUUGGAACCACAGUCAUCGACCUCGAAAACCGACUCCUGUCUGGCUUUGGAGCUCGUUGUGGGCUCUCCAAAUCCUACUGCCAGUCAGGGCCCUUCAGGUGGCGAGAUCAGAUGCCCCCAAGCUAUCUCCUGGAACGCCAUGCCAAGCUGAAAGGGCUGCCCCCGCCUCUGUUCGAUUCUGAGGACAACUCUGUAUUUUACAAUGGGAAGAAGUUCAAGCUGCAAAGCUUUGAGCCCACACCCCCUACCGCUCAGGACUUGGGACCCGAGAAGGAGCGCCUGGCACUCUACCUGCUGCACACACAAGGGCUGGUGCCGGAGCACCUGGAGACGCGCACACUCUACAGCGACAGCCAGCCAGGCAUCGACCAGGGAAAGGUACAGAUGUGGGUGGAUAUCUUCCCCAAGAAGCUUGGGCCUCCUGGCCCCCCAGUCAACAUCAGCCCCAGAAAGCCAAAGAGGUAUGAGCUACGCUGCAUCAUCUGGCAAGUUUCCAACGUGGACCUGCAGGACAGCAAUUAUAGUGGCGAGAAGACCAGCGACAUCUACGUCAAAGGGUGGUUACUGGGGCUGGAAAAGGACAUGCAGAUGACCGACAUCCACUACUGCUCCACGACCGGGAAGGGCUACUUCAACUGGCGGUUCAUCUUCACCAUGGACUACCUGGCAGCCGAGCAAAUGUGCAUCCAGAGCCAGAAGGACUACAUAUGGAGCCUGGAUCCCACAUCGUUGAAGUUCCCACCCCGGCUCAUCAUUCAGGUCUGGGACAAUGACAUCUUAUCCAGUGAUGACUUCCUAGGGGUCCUGGAGCUGGAUUUGGCUGACAUGCCCUUCCCUGCCCGGUAUGCCAAGAACUGCUCCAUCAGGCUGAUGGACACGGAGCCCAAGUGGCCCCACUUCCACCAACACAAGCACGUCUCCCUCUUUAAGAAGAAGAUUGUAACUGGCUGGUGGCCUUGCCAGGUCCUCGACAGUGGAAAAUGGCGCUUGUCGGGUAAAAUAAACAUGACGCUGGAGAUGCUCACUGAGGACGAAGCCGCACUCAAGCCAGCCGGACGAGGCCAGUCAGAACCCAACCGAUACCCUACACUUCAACCCCCCAUACGCCUUGACAGCACCCUCAGAUGGGUGCUAUUACCUAUGCAAAACCUGUGGCAAUAUAUCUGGAAACACAACCGCAAGAAAAUCCUGGCUCUCUUUGUCAUACUGGUUAUACUUUUCAUGCUGUUCAACUUUAUCUAUGCAACUCCGAACUAUUUGGCCAUGAACUUGAUUAAACCUGGAGUCCAGGUACUUACUGCCAUUAAAAUAUCCAGCCAUGCCGUCACUUCACCAACCAUCACUGACAGCUACUAUUCCAUCCUCACCACCCAGGAUCUGAUGCUACAGCCUACUAUAAUAGACCAUGAGUUGAAACCAGGGACCCAGGAAUCUCCUGAGAGAUCUUCCAAUCCCAAGACUAAUUUGCCCACAUUUGCCUGGUUUCACUCCUGCCUACCAUCAGCCCUACCGCUGGGUUUCCUACCAGUUCCUCAUUUCUGUCUUCUAGGACACAUACGAGGGUCUGAGGAGAUUCUGGCUAGUCUGUUCAGAAAUCACGUCUAA